AUGCUAGAAGAACAAGUCAACGUCGCCGACGCCGUGAAUGCGGCUGAGAACGGCAUAGCGAGGACGCCUAUAGUAGCAUUCCUCGGUCCGAUCUCGUCUUACACUCACCAGGCUGCUCUACAGUCCUUUCCCGGAGACAAGUACGAUCUAAGGCCAUCAACGAACAUUGACGAAGUCUUCGAGGUGGUCCAAAAGGGCGACGCAGACUUCGGCGUCGUCCCCUUCGAAAACUCAACCAACGGCCCCGUCAUCUUCACCCUCGACAACCUAGCCAACCGCUACCGGACCUGUCCCGACAUAUUCGUCUGCGGCGAGGCCUACGUUGACGUGCACCACUUCCUCCUCGGCCAGCGGAACCGCUCGCCCACACUCGACGAUGGUGGGGACGGAUCGGGCACCUGUACGCCCACGCUGGCGGACCCUCACCCGCUCAAGCCGCGGACGAAACCCCUGGGUAGCCUGAAGCACAUUACGAGGCUGUACUCGCAUCCGCAGGCGUGGGGCCAGUGCUCGAUUUUCCUAUCGACGUAUCUCAAGGGUAUUGAGACUAUCGAUGUGAGCUCGACGAGCCGCGCGGCGGAGAUGGUUAAGGAGGAUAAGACGGGCACGUCGGCGGCCAUCUCGAGCGAGAUCGCGGCGAAAGUCUACGGUGUCGACGUCCUGGCCAAGUCGAUCGAGGACCGUGAGGACAACACUACGCGCUUUUUCAUUAUCAAGAAGACUACUAGGCCGGAGCUCAAAGUGCCGAGACCAAUAUCGGACGGAGAAGUAGAAAAGGAAGCAAAGGAAGAAGGAGAAACGGGGAAGCUGCCUCGCUCGAGCACGACAAAGUCUCUCGUGUCGUUUACAGUGCCUCACCACGAGCCAGGAGCGCUGGCAGAUGUGUUGGAUUGCUUUAGGAAAGCAAAGCUGAACUUGACGACGAUUAACAGUCGUCCUAGUCUCAUCACGGCAUUCCAGUAUCUCUUCUUUGUCGAGAUUGAGGGCCACUAUGAUCUCGAUCCGGGAGUGAGAGAGGCCCUGGUGGAAGUUAAGAGGGUAGCGCAAAGCUCUAGGUGGCUCGGUAGUUGGUACAGUCAAACUAGCCAUAGUCGGGGCUCAAGACAGCUCAGCUAG